AUGGAAUCACCCCAUGCUCCUGGGACGGCCGACCUCACUUCCGCUCACGGCCAAGACGAGGAAUGGUCCCCUUUAACAGAUGGCUUCGGGGGGUUUGUUGACAUUGAAACUCUUUCUGGUGGCUAUGGCCAAGCACCUCGACUCGAAACCCAAAAUCUGUAUGACGACGAUCUGAUCGGCGUCAGUAUGAGUCGAGCUCAAACCCAGAUGAGAUCUCCAGAUACUCCUGUAGCCGAAAAGGCCAGAGCUCUCAAUCUGCCUGUUGAAUACUUCCACAGAAUUCUAGCACUGGCCGAAGAACCUGAGAACGACAAUGACAGCGACGAAGCAGACGACACCCAGCCCAAUGCGCCGCAUGCUAGCCCGAGGCCACCUGCAGACUACCAGGAUGAUGCCGGACGGUCCGCCUCUCCUGAGAGAAUCGAAACGAGAAGCUCUUCACACGAUUCGCUUUCCGCGAACCAGCAAUCACGAUCCUACAGCUAUCCCAUCAAUUCACCAGGCCUCCCCUAUGAUAGGACGUACCCAUCCCAGGCUGCAACGGUGGAAGAUGCAAAGCAUCUUGCAAGGCCGACCUGGGAGUACCAAUUCCCACCACACCCAACCCGAAAACCACCUACGCCGCCUGAAGGCGGUCAGAUUCCCCAGCAGACUCGACGUUCUGAGAACGAUGUUUCACACAUUGAUAGCCUCGAAGAAGGGGCCCCGUCACCGAAACCUCACAGAUCGUCCGUCACCAAGGACCUUUUAUCCGGGGCUGGAAGUGAGCGAAGGCGUAGUUUGUCGUCGGCUCCAACGAACUUACUUUCCAAUUUGCGAAAAUUGUUACCAGACCUUCCAUCUGGACAUUUCAGCAGAAGCUCCAUAUCGCUUUCUUUUCUGCCAUCGAGCAAUGGUAACUCCGGGCAGCAGAGUCCUGCUGGCGGUCAGAUGACACCAACUAAUAGGACAUUUCGAUGGUCUCUUCGCGAACCACUUCAAAGGCGUAAUACUGACACAUCCCGCAAUAUGCAGCCAGACCCUGUGCCAGCUCACGACCUUGUUACUGUGUCGCGCAGUCAGAUGGACGGCAAUGUGCAAUCGCUGCUCUCCCCGACCAGCCCGGCAUCCAACGUUAGCCGGGCACGUUCCAACUCCGAAGGAUCUCUGUACAUAAGGAGAAGGGUCUCCGGUGUCUCAGCGUACGACGACAUCAGCGCGUUUGCCCACGUUACUGAUAUGGCAAAUUCUCGAUUCAAAGCCAUUACAGACAGUUUCCAGAAUUCGACACUGAAAAUGCCUCGGCUGCCCGCACUCCGACAAGUAGCGAAGCGACGCACGUCGCCCGACGAAUCGAACGGUGAAAUCCCUCCCGGAAUCGACGAGGCUAGCGGCGAUGGGCAAGGACAGGCUCACCAGCACGCUUCGGUCAAGAAGAUACGGAAUGCAGCAAAGGGCGUAGAGGUGGAAACUCCGCAGCAGCGAGCGCAUCCAAUAUUGUCACACGCUCUUUCAAAAACCACUGGUGACAUUGUUAUCUUGGGCGGUUAUAGGGGAUCAAUCUUGAGAUCAGCACAACCUCCUCAUCGACAACUCUGGGUCCCCAUCAAGGUUGGACUGAACAUCCGCAAGGUAGAUCUUGAAGUUGGUUUGACGCGCGAGGAUGAAGAGCGCAUGGAACAGACCAUUAUCCCAUCUGGCAUUCUUUCGCAUAUCGGCCCGAUCGACAUUUGUCGAAGACUGCUCAAACAUAUGAGGAAAUGCCCCAACACACGUGAGAAUAAGCUGAGAGUCCACGACUGGGGCUAUGAUUGGCGACUAUCCCCGGACCUUCUCAGCAGAAAGUUGAUCAAGUUCUUGGAAUCACUGGAGUGCAAUCAGCCGGGGACUCCUCACGAGAAACGGGGGGCCACCGUUAUCGCACACAGUCUUGGGGGGCUGAUCACACGGCAUGCUGUCAACCAAAGGCCAGAGCUUUUUGCAGGUGUGGUCUACGCCGGCGUUCCGCAGCACUGUGUCAAUAUUUUGGGGCCGUUGCGGAACGGCGACGAUGUGCUUCUUUCUUCCAGAGUCCUCACAGCCCAAGUUAAUUUUACGCUUCGAACCAGCUACGCUCUUCUUCCGGAAGAUGGCCGCUGCUUCAUCCAGAAGCACACCAACAAGAGGUACGAUCUGGACUUCUUCGAUCCGCACGUCUGGGACGAGUACCACCUGUCCCCCUGCAUCAACCCGCCGAUACCUCGCAGUCUCCGAGAGAAAGAAGAUCGUAGGAAGAGUAUAAUUGGAGCCCUUUCCGAAAGCAUUUCGGGGUCCACCAAACGUACUUCGUGGUUUGGAGGUCAAGGUCCUCCGGGCCAAUCCUCCCAUCAAACGGAUCCCAGAGAAGCUCUUGAAGAAGCACAUCAGCAUGCCGUGAACAAGGCCUUGGAGGCGGGUCAGGACACGGAAGGUAAUGCGGAAGGAAUGGUUGGACCAUCCAUGAAACAAUCUCACCACCGAAACAGCAUUGCAACCGCCGUAACAAUUCCGAAAGACCUUGCAGAAGAUUAUCUGGAUCGUACGCUGGCGGAGGUGUCGGUCUUCAAACAACAGUUGAAGUUUAAUCCUGGCCACCAGGAAAGCAAUCUCUACCCACCCCACGCGUUUAUCUUCGGCAAGACGGUGCCCACCGUGUACGGGGCUAGAGUUGCCAAUAAAGAAGCGAUCAAGUACACGGAUGCAUUCGAUGAUCUGGCAUUUGCCGCAGGAGACGGAGUGGUGCUUGCAAGUGCAGCGCAGCUACCAGAAGGGUACCGGUGUGUCAAAAGGGGCAGAGUGGAGAGUGAUCGGGGACAUGUGGGAAUUAUGGGCGACCUCGAAGGCAUGGGCCGCUGUUUGGAGGCAGUAGUCGAUGCCAGAGCAAAGGGCGUUGGGUUAGGAAAAUCAUAUGCUCGUCACGCAAGGGACUCGAGCGAUUCAUGA